CUCGUCGUGUUCCGAGUUCCAAACGCUCACCACUACCCAGCUCGCCGUGUCAGAGAGUUCCCUUUGGAAGUAGCGCAGUUUUGUUUACCUUAUCGGCAUAGCCUCUGGCGUUAGGGUCGUCCCAUUUCUGCCCUAGUAUCAAACCGGCUUCCCCCGGGUUCUGUCGCUGGAAAAAGCUGAUUUUCUCUCAAAUCCACGACGUAUUGUACGGAUCGAAGACCCAUCAGUCAAUCGCUAUCUGCUUUAAAAUUUUGUGGUGGCGCCAUCGUUCUACAUGAAUUUGAAGACUCAAUCACCAUGUCUCUCAUCUUCCCUUCCCUUCAAUUGGUCAUGAUUUGGAUGAUCACCAUGAACGGGUCUCCUUCUGCCUCAGUAGAAGAAGUGGGUAAUCGGCCUUUCUCGAUUCGCAACAUGGCCUGUUUGUUUUAUGACGAAAACCACAUGAAUUGUACCUGGGAUAUUGAUGGGGCAGCACCAUCAGAUACACAGUACUGUUUGUCCUAUGGGUUCAGAGAACGAAUGACUUCCAUUCCUUGUCACAAUACCAAACUGGGAAAAGUCGCUUGUCAUGUCCAGAAAUUUGAAGGGGUUUUCUAUGAAAACUUCACAUUUUGUGCCAUGGGUUCCUGUCAGCAAUCAAACACGACUCAGUGCAGAUAUAUCGUACCAGCAAUAUAUUAUAAAGCCAGCCCCCCAGUUAAUAUCACAGUGAACAGAAGUGAAGUGGUAUGGAAGCCACCAAUUGGCAAACAUCAUUCAACCACAUUUGAAUAUCAAAUACAGGUUAAAGACUUGUACAGCAAAGUGACAAAGGUUGAAGAUCUGGAUGUGGAAAAAUGGGUUAUCAAAGACCUGACUAGAAGCUAUGCUGUGCAAGUGAGAGCGAGAAUUAACCACUUUAUGGAAGUAAAACAGAAGGAUUUUAUCUGGAGUGACUGGACUGAUGCUGUCAUUACAGGAAAAGAAGAGGCAGUUUCCACAAUUUUGAAAAGCUUUGCUGUGACCAUAAUUAUUAUAGUUCUGAUGGUGCUACUGCUGAUGUUUAUUUGUAAAAGGUACAAGAUACUGGAAUACCUGUGUCAAGAAGUCCCUGAUCCGAAACAGAAAUUUAAGGGUCUGUUUGAGAAUUAUGAUGGAGAAUUUCGGAAAUGGACUAAUGCCUCUUACCCGGAGACAAUUGACCCCAAAGAAUGUGACAUAGUUAUUGUUGAAGACUAGAAUCUCUAAUGUGGAUCUGGAGAAAUAGUAACUGUACUAGUUUUUGUUAACAUGUAAAAGAAAUUGAAGCAUCUGUACCACUCCAGGUAGAUGCCCUGUGGGGAGAUUGGACCAGGAGUUUCUGUCUCCCUCUGCCCUAGCUCGGAUAUAAUUAACACAAGAGAUUCUGCAGAUACUGGAAAUUCAAGGUAGCACGCACAAAAUGCUGGAGGAUCUCAGCAGGUUAGGCAGCAUCUACGGAGAGGAAUAAAGAGUUGAUAUUUCAGGUUGAGAUCAUUCAUUAGGACUGGAGGUAUUUUGUCAUCUUCCACCUUCCUUCCCAGAUCUGAUGAAAGGUCUCAGCCCAAAACAUCGACUGUUUAUUCCUCUCCAUAGGUACUGGAUGACCUGCUGAGUUCCUCCAGUAUUUUGUUUAUGUGUUACCCAGGUGUCAUUGCUUUGAUCAACCUUGUUAUCAAAAUGUCUUGGCAUAGGUUUCUGACUUACCUGAGGAAUUGUAUCAAUAUCAAUGUGACCUUUAGUUUUUGUUGUUCCCCUCCUGGUAAAACAGGAACCAAAUCAAGGACCAUGUGAGAAACCUUAAGGAGUUCCUGCUCACCGUAGAUCUUAUGGUUGUUUGUUGUGUCUUCCCUGCCCAUUUAUUUGUUUUGCUCUUUUUUUUAACCUAAGUAAUUCUGAGAAAAUUACUCAGAAUUUCUGAGAAGGAAAACUGAAGGGCUAUGUAGGAGGGGAGGGUUAGAUUGGUCUUCGAGUAGGUAAAAUUUCAGUACAGCAUCGUGGGCCGAAGGGCUACACUGUGCUCUCUGUUCUACGUGUAAAUCUUGGAAUGCAUGUUUGGGGGAAUUCAUAUAGGCAAUAAUAAAUAUAGCAAGAAAUGAUUUAUUGGGGGAAAUUUGCAUCUUUAAAAGUUGAUAAAUCAUCAUAGUUGAAAAAAAAUACCAAGCCCUCAACAAAAACAAGGAAGUGAGUGGUAAGAGUCCUGAGAAAGAAAAAUGAGGACUAUGUGUGAGGGAAAGUCUAGAUUGAUCUUAGAGUAGAUUGAAAGUUCAGCACAAUAUUGUGGGCCGAAUGGCCCGUACUGUUCCAUAUUCCUUGUUUUAUAGUCUAUGUUCUAAAAUUGUUUCUCUUUCAACUCGCAAUUUAUAGUGACUAUGCCUCCCAUUAUUCCAAUGACAGUUGUGUGGUUACAACGUGGGGUCCAAUCAAGUAGCACCAUGGUACGGGGUCUUCAUCAAGAGCAUUUCACCCUAACCCCUCGCACAAUAUGUAGCCCGUCCUCCAUUCCCAUCCCACUUACAUCAUCCCCACAUCUCCACGACAACCCUGCUGCUCCCUGUGCAGUUGUCAUGGAAACUCAUCUUCGGUAAAGCUGACCUUCUUCCCAGCAGGCAUGUGUGAAUAGCACAGUUCAACUGGCCACUGCUCCCUGUAAUCGCAAGUCCUUUGGCAUUCCUGGGAGAUGACCAGCUAGUGAAAGUGACUCCUUAAAGUCCAGACAUCCCAACUCCAAAGUUCAAUUUUUGUAGACCCCUCCGCUCCCCCCAUAUUUGGUCCUGGCGCUAUGCACAGUGUACAAUUAAUACACAGAAGUUCACAUGUCAAGUUGCGGAUGGGUUGGAGCCAGAGCAUUUGCUGCACAAGAAAAUAACUGUAAACAACAGAUCUGAGUCCUUCCAGCAUUUUGUGUGUGUUCCUCUGGAUUUCCAGCACCUGUAGAAUCUCUUGCGUUUAAAUUUUACAUAUUUAAUCCAUCCUUAAUUACUUUCCUGUUAUGCGGGUUGUAUCUCGGCUGCUGAAAUGAAUUACACAGCUCUUUCUUAUUUGCUGUGGGCUGCAGUUUGCAGUAAGGUGGCUCAGCUUGACACAGGAGUACUUGUAUCUCACAUAGAAGGGACACAAAACAACCAUAUCCUAAGCAAAUAGGUGUUAACCACGUGCACAGUGGAUCAAUUUAAGACGUCCGUGGAGGAAUGCUGCUAACUACAAUAUGCUAGUCUGCAGAAAUAUGUGCUGAGGGAUGCACUGAGGCCUGGGCAGCCACUGCAAGAGUUCUGUGGGAAAGGGCCACAUGAUAGGGUGCAUCCAUGAUUGGAUAGGAAGGGGCCUGGUUGGGUGAGGAAGCCCCUCAAAUUAUUGUGGUAGUGUACCACCACGAGUGACAACAACCCUUGUGUUUAUAUAGAAUGUAAUAGAACAGUACGGAAAACACUGACUAUGAAUAUAAGAACAA